AUGGCGGCGUUAAAAAUUGGCAUGAGCAAGGCAUAUGAUAGAGUGAGGUGGAAUUUUAUUGAGUAUAUGAUGAUUUCUUUGGGUUUCAAUAGCCGUUGGGUAGCUCGUAUUAUGACUUGUAUCACUUCGGUUCGUUAUACGAGUAUUGGAGAUUGUUUUGAUAUGGAUCCGAUUAUUCCGGAUAGAGGUUUGCGACAAGGCGACCCUUUAUCGCCUUAUAUUUUUAUUAUAUGUGCGGAAGGCUUGAGUUUGAGAUUGGCUUACAUGGAGCGGGUGGAACAUUUGCAUGGUAUAGUUAUUUAUCGUGAGGCUCCUGCGGUGUCGCAUCUUUUCUUUGUGGACCAUUGUUUUCUCUUUUUCCGAGCAAAUAUGGAUGAGAUGGCAGUGAUCAAAGAGGUGUUAGAAUGGUAUGAGGAGGCAGCGGGGCAAAAAGUGAAUAUUCAGAAGUCAAGUAUGUUUAGCAGUUGUGUUUCGGUUUCGGAUAGAGAUUUGAUAAGCGGUGUGAUGGCAGUAGGUCCUCCGGACAAGCAUAACAGCUACCUAGGUUUGCCGGCCUUGGUGGGUAAAAACAAGAAGGAAAUUUUCAGUUUUAUAAAGGAUAGAGUCUGGAGCAAAAUCAAAGGGCGGAAUUUGAAGUUUCUAUCUCGAGGUGGUGGCUCAGUCAAUGCCGAACUAUGUUAUGAACGUCUUUCUUAUUCCUCAUUGGGUAGAGAUCAAGAGAGUAAAAAAGGUGUUUGUUGGGCUAGAUGCGAAAAGCUUUGUAUUCCGAAAAAAUUUGGAGGCUUAGGCUUCAAACAUGUUCGGGAGUUCAAUAUUUCUAUGUUGGCUCGCCAAGCUUGGAGGUUAGUGAGCGUGGAGAAUAACUUGAUGGCGAAGUUAUUUAAGGCAAAAUACUUUCCAAAAACGUCUUUCCUUGAAGCUAAAUUAGGCAAUAAUCCUAGUUUUCUAUGGCGUAGUAUCUUUGAAGCUCAAACGGGUGCUCGUAUUCGGGUUGGCAAUGGUAAAGCGACAAAAGUUUAG